CUUCCAGUCGACAUUAUGGAGGGUCUAACCGAGGCCAAGGCCAUGGAGUUGGCUGAGCGGCUGGGUUUCUCCAGUGAUCAGAAUAAGCGUGAUGCUGCCGAAUACUUCCGGAAGCUGUACGAGCUGUUUAUGACCUUUGAUGACAACUCCGAGUCCCGUCAACCGGAGAUCUUCAAGCUGCGCGACUGGUCUCAGAUGGAUGAACGGGAC